AUGCACGAGCAGAAGUUCAAUCGCGUUCACAAGGAAGAUGACGACCAAACUCUCAAGGUGGAAGAAAGAGCAAGGUAUGGAAGAGGCAGAGGCAGAGGCAGAGGACCAUCUCGAGUCCGUGGACGAGGCAGAGAAAAAUAUAAUGUGGAUAAAGCCAUUAUUGAGUGUUUUAAGUGUCAAAAUUUGGGACACUAUCAAUUUGAGUGUCCUAAGUGGAACAAAGAAGCAAAUUAUGCUGAAUUGGAAGAGGAUGAACUUCUAUUGAUGGCCUAUAUGGAUGAUUCUGAGAUAAAAAGGAGAGACGUUUGGUUCAUUGAUUCACGGGGCUCAAACCAAUUCAAACUUGAAAACAACAACAGAAUGAAAGUAAGUGGCAAAGGAGAUGUUAAACUAGAGCUAGGAGGCGUUGUAUAUGGCAUAGGAGAUGUCUACUUCGUACUAGAUCUCAAGAACAAUCUGUUGAACGUUAGUCAAUUGCAAGAAAAGGGAUUAACAGUGUUGUUUCAAGGAAAACUAUGCAAUAUUUAUCACCCACAAAGAGGUUUGAUUGCACAAACUGAGAAGAGUGUAAACAGGAUGUUCACCAUUGUGUCAGAAUCACUAAGGGUUAAUAAUGUGCAGCAAGAAAGAAGCAAAUAA